AUGCGCCCUCGACUGGAAGCAGCGGCCGUUGCCGCCUUGUUCGACGAAAGUUUCGGUGUAGCCAAACAUGGGAAGAUGCUAGGUGAUGGAAAUUCAUAUUCCAUGGGUGUCCUUGGGCGCUACAACGUGGUUCUAGCACACAUGCCCAGUGUGGGCAAGGUUGCCGCCGCAACAACGGCGGCUGGUGUGCGUUCCAGCUUUCCAAAUAUCGAGCUCGUAAUUGUGGUCGGUAUCUGUGGUGCCGUACUUCAGGGAAGGAACGGGCAAGAUAUUAAUCUAGGCGACGUGAUCAUCAGCAAAGGCCUCAUCCAAUACGACAUGCGUAGACGACUUCUCGGUAAUAGAAUUCUGCGUAAGGACAGUGUGUACAUUAAUCUUCCACUACCGCGUGCUCAGAUUCGCGGAACCCUAGCCACGUUGCAAACUCUGCACAUCGAUCAUGCCUUGAGCAGAAAAUAUGGGAAUAUGCGGAGACCAUCAGGCAAAAACUGGGUGAUGAGACAGAAUACCCAGGGCCAGCGGGGGACAAGCUGUUUAACUCUUCAUAUCAACAUAAACACGGCAAAUACUCCACCUGUGGGAUAUGUAGAACCGGGGAAGACGACGCUGGAAUAUUGCAAGGAGCAAGAAGUAGUUCAUCGUGCCUCCUCAUCCAAACCUGUCAUUCAUUUUGGCCUGAUCGGGUCUGGCAAUACAGUGAUGAGAUCAGGAGAAGACCGCGCCAGUAUCGUUGGUCGGGAUCAAGUCAUUGCUUUUGAAAUGGAAGUCGCUGGUGUCUGGGAGACAUUUUCGAGUGUCUUGGUCAUUAAAGGAGCAUCCUACUAUGCGGACGGUCACAAGAGCAAGCGGUGGUAG